UGCACUUGUCAAAGGGCACCGAAAACAAAUUGCUCUACACUUUAGCCCACCGACGCACACUCAAACAACCCUUUUGGACAAUCCGAAUUAUUAUUAAGCCCGAUUUUUUUUUUUAUCUGAUUUUAUUAAUUACCACAGAUCAAAAUGCUUCCUUUCAAGAGAACUUUUGAGAGCGAAAAACAUCAACUGCAUGAGCUGAACAGCAGACUUGCUCAAUAUCUGUCCAGAACCAAACAGCUGGAGCAAGAAAACGCGAAUCUUAUAGCUGAAAUUAAUAAACUGAGACGCGGCAGCGCAACGUCGGACUGGGAGCAGAGAUACAAGGCGGAGAUGAAGGAGCUCAGAAGGAUGAUGGAGCAGAUCUCCUUCGAGAAGUCCCAGGCAGAGAUGGAGAGGGAGAAGCUAUGGCGUGAGUUACAGGGAGCCCAGUCUCUGUGCAGCGAACAGACCGCGGCGUGCAGAGACAUCAGCGGAGAGCUGCGGGGCUGCGAGCACGAGCUGCAGCAGACGCACAAAAUAAACAUGGAGCUGCAGCAGCGGCUCCUUCAACUGGAGAGCGAAUACAAGCGCUUAGAGGAGGCGCGCAGGCAGGAGGCGGCCCAGCUACGGCAGCAAGUGGAGUCCCGGGUGGUGCCCAUCAUUACGCAAACUUAUCCAGGCCUCCCGGCGGUGUCCGUGGAAGAGGUGCAGGAGUACGCGCGCGGUCUGUCCGAGGGAUGGAUAGAGACGUUUGAAAUGUACCAGAAAAAAGUAGAAGAAAUGGAGAAGUCGAUCAAAGAGGACCAGGCGAGGCUGUGCGACCUGAAAAAGGAGAAGAUGCUGUAUGCGUCCGAGCUGGGCAAACUGCGCACAGAGGCGGAAAAACAGAGCCAGGUUCAAAUGCGUCUGGAAGAGCAGCUCAUGCACAUGCAAGAGAAAUUCCGAGUGGAUUUAAGUGAACAUCAGAUGAUUAUCCAGCAACUGGAGCAUGAGAGGAACAUGCUGGCUGAGGCAAUGGAAGACAAAAUGAGGGAACAUCAACACCUUCUCCAAGUAAAGAUGGAUCUGGGCGUUGAGGUUGCAGCAUACAGGGCACUCCUGGAAAGUGAAAGAGUUGGUCUGCAAGAUGCUCACAGGAGGAUGACUCAACAUCAAAGAGAAAGAAUUAUAGAUAUCAAGGUGCCUGGUCAGUCAUAUACUCCAAGAGCUUCAAUCUUAUCUUCAAGAAGACAUGUAGAUAUGCGGUAUACAUCACCAACAAACCUAAGAAGACCACCUGUGCCCACCUCUGGAUCUUUAAGUCCCUCUAGGGUCAUUCCCAUUUCAGUUGCAGAAAGGGCUCGCCAUCAAAGUCCAGCAUCCAGAAGAGAUAUGGUAUCAUUCAACAAAGCCCGGGCUGCUGCUUCUACACCUCCUACAACAACCAAAAUUGAGGUUAGAGAGAAAACAGUUACAGAUGAGAAAACUAUGAGAUUUAACAAGGUCCCUGAUGGAAGCAAACCCAAAUUUACACAGGAGACAAAGUCGGUAAGAGUGUUAUCACCCCCUCCAAAAAGCCCCAUCACCCAAAUUGUCCCAGAAACCAAACGACACAUGUCAGAUGAGAAAGAGAAAGGUCACACUCAAGAUGAGUCCAGAGACAAAGGGAAGGCAGAGCCUACAGUUGAAUUCACAGAAAAAAAGGUACUGGAUUCCGUAUCUGUUGAGGAGAUUAUUGAGAAAGUGAUCAAACCUGCAGGUUUAGAAGCUAAGAUAUGCUCAUCGGGGGACUCUAAGGUCACGUAUCACGUGGAGAAAAGUGAGCAGGAAGAUGGCACAACCAGAACCCAGAUUGUGCUUGAGUCCAAAGUUGAAGAAGAGAUGGAUGUUUCGAAAGACUCUGCCCUUGAGGAACUCCUGAACCAGGGUGUGAAGAAGAUAUCCCUGGAAGACAUCGAAGAUACAGCAACGGGAAACAUGAUUAAAAACCUUCUAAGUAACCUUCAAGGAGGAGAAAACUUGGAAAAUAAGUCAGUCAAUGUGGAAGUUAUAGAGGAACCUAUUAUGUCUUUGAAUGAUGAAGAGCUUGAGGUAGAAAGAAAGAGCAAAUCAAGUUUUUAUGAGCCAACAUAUUUCCAAAUUGAGGAGAUGGAAAAUAUAACUCACAACCCUAAAGAAGAAAAGAAUGAAGAUAAUGGCAUAAUGUCUGCUGAAAAAGGCACAGAUCAGUUGAGCAGAGCAUCUGUACAAGUUCAGGAGCUGUCUAGAGAAAGUGAAUCUUCUCCUAUCCCCCAGGAGCAAGGGUUUCAUGAAUACUUUGUGUCCACACCAGAUGAAAACCUUUCUGAACCGGAGGAAGGUGGAGGAAUAAUGUCUUAUGGACAUUAUGGCGUUGUAGAUGAUUUGUCAGAUGAGAGGUAUUAUCAAGAUGAAAGUCCUCCCCAGAGAAGAGUGAUUGUAGAGGAAAGUGAUGAAUAUAAGUACAAGUCAAGUGAUCGUGCAUUCCCCAUAGAUAGCUUUCCAGAAUGCAUCAUUGAAGAAGAGGUUCGGGUUUCGCCUGUAGUGCAAGAAUCUGUGCUUGAGUUCCUAAGAGAGGACUCCUUGGAGCCCAAACAGCAGCUGAAGGGAGCCUUGGAGACCCUACAGACCUCAGUUUCUGGUCCUUUGAGGGAAGAGUUGGCUUUCCUAACAAAAUUGAGCAAUGAAAAUCCACAAAAUGUAGCAAUUAAAAAAGUUGAGCAAUCAACUGACAAUGGAACCAUGACCAUUGUUGCAGAGCUAAAUGUCACCCAAUCCCUAGAAGCCUCUGGGCUACUGGAGGAAGGAGACGAUAUUUCUGAAGAGCAGAUAAUGCAAGCUCUCAAAUCUUCAAAUCUGGAUCUUGAAAAGGCCUUCCAAGGAGGAGCAGAGUCAGGGUAUAGUAUUAGAGUUUCAGACGACAGGGGUAUUGCUUAUGAUGAUGGUUUUGAGAUCAUUUCUGGAAUUGGGGAAUCUGCAUCUAAUGUAAUUGAGAAACACGUCAAACUAGAACCAUCAGAAAAGUCUUUUGCCGUUAAGAUGGAGGUGCAGGGUGACCAUAGUGAUGAGAGCUCAGAGCAAAAUUUACAGUCCCUACUCUCUGAAAACCCAGAGAUUUCAACUGAAAAAAGAGUUGCAACACUUUACCUUGAAAGCCCAGUCGAGGACUAACGAUGAAAUGUGUCCGAAAUUGUAUCGAAUUCAUACAGGCGCUAUUAUGUAACAUGGCAGUGGCACUGCAUAUUUUUUAACAAUGAGCAAGAUAACAAAUAUUUGAGCAAGAUGUCAAUCCACAGACCAACAAAUAUAUAUGUUGGUUUAUCUUGAUUUUAUCUCAUAUAGCUUUCCUUAUUUUCUAUGCUUCAUCUAAGCUAUCAUUUAGCAUUAAGCUGUUUGAUGGAGCUUUAAAAAACAACUCCACAGUGUACAAUAAACUUUUGACUCAGUCACCUGUGCCUAUAUUGUUGGAUCCUUUGGAUUAAUGUUUACCAAUGACCAACACAGGGCACUGUUAUUAUGUGCUGUGCUAUCUUUGCAGGUUGGGAUUUCUAAUUGUGCAACAAGUACCUUAAUAAGAUACAAUGACAUUGGUAUUAAUUAUUAUAUUCUAAAGACAGAGGUUACAAUAAACAGGAAAUUAUUGACAAUUAAGAAAGCCUUUUGGCUUAUAGGUAGGAUUUUAAGUGGAAGAUGUAUAUUAAAUGUACCAAAAAAAGAAAUUACUUAGAUAAGUAUUAAGAUGAUUUUUUUUUUUGUUUCAUUUCUAGUGAAAAAAAUAUGUUUUUAGAAGUUAAACACGUAUUGAUCAACAAACACAUUAUGCAUUUAUUAACUAAAAUGUGUUAAGCAUGUAGUAGCAUUAUUUUACACUGCUGUGAAUUAUAGAUGUAUGGAAAACAUUCGAGAUCCCAACAUGUGAUAAAGGGUCAAGUUGAAAAUCUUCUAACAUGACUUUAAAGACGUCUUAUUUACGUAUAAUAAAAAGUGUAUAUUUGAAGCAAUAACUAAAAGAGGAGAGUAAAUAAAAAAAAUAAAUGAAAUCAAAAGCUCAACAAAAGGUGAGAAUAUUAUUGUAAGGCAUGCUGUAUUUGACACCUUUUGUUUGUUCAAAUAUGUUGGAAGUCGCAGUAUUGGCACGAUGGAUUCAACUUUACUCUGACCUGGGAGUGUUCAGUACUAUUUUUGGAUCAUCAGCUUAGUGGCAUUUAGCAUCCACCAGGGUUUGUUGUCUUCUGUGCUGUUUGGAAAGGCAUAAUUAGUGUGAGUGCAUUCACUCUGUUUACUUGUAUUGGGCAUUUUCAGGAUAUCUUAUAGAGUUACACUUUAUGGAGCAUUGUAUUCACAAAAUAGCCUUUUGCUGCUGCAUUGUAAAACACAUAAAUAAAAUAUUUAGUAUUUCUACUGCUCGAAUUUUUCACAAAAAGAUGUGUUGUGUUUACCGGCUAGAUAUAUUAGGAUUUCAAAUCCUUUCCAGACUUUUUAAUCUUUUCUCAAAAAAUGUAUAAAGUUCCGGUACAUCUUUAUAAAAACUUGUAUCUGGAUACCACGUGCCAACACAUUGCAUUAACCAAGAUUAGUAUCGGAAGAGUUACGAAGAAGAUAUCAAUCAUUGUUCAUGAAUAAAUUGGAUGGAUAAAAUUGUAUGAAAAUUAUUUCUGUUAAACGGCUUUUGGCGAUGUUGCUUUUAGCAUGUAAUUCAUACUUCAUGGAUAUCUUCAUAUUGAAUAUUAAAUAUACACUACUGGAA